AUGGCGCCCUCUUUGCUGAAUGGCUAUCAGCGAUUGAAUGGAAAUGAAACAUCGCUACCGAUGGAGCUCUGCUCGAACUUUGACGCGGAUGAAAUCCGUCGGUUGGGCAAACGGUUUAAGAAACUCGAUCUCGACAAUUCGGGCGCCCUGAGCAUCGAUGAGUUUAUGUCCUUGCCGGAACUGCAGCAGAACCCGCUAGUGCAGCGCGUGAUCGACAUCUUCGAUGCGGACGGUAAUGGUGAGGUCGACUUCAAGGAAUUUAUCCAGGGAGUGUCCCAAUUUAGCGUAAAGGGUGACAAACUAUCGAAGCUGAAAUUUGCCUUCCGAAUAUACGACAUGGAUAACGAUGGCUACAUCUCGAACGGGGAACUGUUUCAGGUGUUAAAAAUGAUGGUCGGUAACAACCUAAAGGACACGCAGCUGCAGCAGAUCGUGGACAAGACGAUCGUGUUCGCCGACAAGGAUGAGGAUGGCAAGAUUUCGUUCGACGAGUUCUGUUCGGUCGUGGGCAAUACGGAUAUACACAAAAAGAUGGUCGUGGAUGUUUAA